AGCUGGCCGAGCCUCCUCGCGCUGAGAGAGGCGGGCACUCGUUUCGCAUCACCUCGCGCUGUCAGACGGGAUGGCAGCUUCUUGCUCUUUCUCCCCGGCCGAACGUCUCCAAUGAGACCCGCCCAACUGCGAGAGCCCCGGGUGAUUUCAGACGAACCCCGCCGCCCCGGAGCCUCCGUGAGCGGAGGAGGACGUGCACCGCCCGGGAGGACACACACCACCCAGGCCGUCCUCAGCAGCUGGCUCCGCAGCUAGCCUGCUAGCAUAAAGCAGGUUUAACUCCGUCCUUUCUGAGCCACCGCCAUGAAAACCAAGAGGCCUCGUUUGAACUCCUCGACCGAACCGUCUCGGAUGUGAUGGAGCGCCACUGAGUCCGGAGGAAACGUGAAUCCUGGAUGACGUGACGCACAGGACCAAGUCGAUCCAAGAUGGAGAAAAAGAAAACGUGCCCUCGUCUUCUCGACUACCUGGUGGUCGUUGGAGCAAGGCAACCGAGUAGCGACAGCGUGGCUCAGACGCCACAGCUGCUCCGCCGCUACCCGCUGGAGGACCACCAUGACUUCCCGCUCCCGCCCGACGUGGUCUUCUUCUGCCAGCCGGAGGGCUGCCUGAGCAUCCGCCAGCGCCGGGUCAGCCUCCGCGACGACUCCUCCUUCGUGUUCACGCUGACCGACAAGGACUCAGGAAUCACCCGCUACGGGAUCUGCGUCAACUUCUACCGCUCCUUCCAGAGGGGCCACCACCGGUCCCGGGGGGACAAGGCGGCGCAUGCCGAGGCGACAGCGCCGCAGGCCGAGGAACCCGCCGGCGAGGCGCCCGACGCCAGCGCUGGAGGCCCGCCCUCCACGCUGUCCCCGCCCAAUAAUGGCGAGCCGGCUCCUCCGCCCGCCUCCGGAGAGGAGGGCGGACCGGCGGCCGCCGAGCCGAACGCCGGCAGGUCACCGCAGCACAGGCGGAGCGCCGCCAAGAUGGCCGCCAGGAACCGCAACAGCACCCUGACCUCACUGUGCAUCCUCAGCCACUACCCCUUCUUCUCCACCUUCAGGGAAUGCCUGUACAUUCUCAAGAGGCUGGUGGACUGCUGCAGCCAGAGGCUAACGCAGCGCGCCGGGCUCCCCCGCGCCACCCAGAGGGACACCAUGUGGCGAGUGUUCACCGGCGCUCUGUCCGUGGACGAGAAAGGCAGCCAGCUGCUGGCCGACCUCCGGGAGAUCGAGUCCUGGGUGUACCGGCUGCUGCGCUCCCCGGUGCCGCUGGCGGGUCAGAGGCGCGUGGACGUGGAGGUGCUGCCCACUAACCUGAAACGCUCGCUCACCUUCGCCCUGCCCGACAACUCGCGCUUCUCCAUGGUGGACUUCCCCCUGCACCUGCCCUUGGAGCUGCUGGGCGUGGACGCCUGUCUGCAGGUCCUCAGCUGCGUCCUGCUGGAGCACAAGGUCAUUCUUCAAUCCAGAGAUUACAACGCUCUGUCUAUGAGUGUCAUGGCCUUUGUGGCCAUGAUCUACCCACUGGAGUACAUGUUCCCUGUCAUCCCCUUACUACCGACAUGUAUGGCUUCAGCUGAACAGCUCCUCCUUGCUCCCACUCCAUACAUAAUCGGUGUGCCAGCCAGCUUCUUCCUCUACAAAGCUGAUUUUAAAAUGCCAGACGAUGUCUGGCUGGUUGACCUUGACAGCAGCAAGGUUAUUGCACCUACAAAUGCAGAAAUUCUGCCACCUCUUCCAGAGCCCGAAGCAAUCGAGCUUAAGAAACAUCUGAAACAGCUCUUGGAGGCCUUGGCUAGUAUGAGUUUGAACACUCAACCAAUCCUGAACCUGGAGAAGUUCCAGGAAGGUCAGGAGUUGCCCCUGCUCCCACCUGGACGAGAUAAAGCCUCGCCGUCGUCAACAGAGUUCAACCCUCUAAUUUAUGGCAAUGAUGUGGAUUCUGUGGAUGUCGCUACCAGGGUGGCCAUGGUGCGCUUCUUCAACUCUGCAAAUGUUCUCCAGGGGUUCCAGAUGCACACUCGCACCUUGCGCCUCUUCCCUCGGCCUGUUGUAGCUUUUCAGUCAACAUCUUUUCUGGCGUCCCGGCCGCGACGGUCUGGCUUCGCAGACAAGCUCUCGCACACCCAGGCAGUAGAGUUCUAUGGAGAGUGGGCUCUCAAUCCCACCAACCUUGCCUUUCAGAGGAUACACAACAAUGUGUUUGAUCCCUCUUUAAUUGGAGACAAGCCAAAGUGGUAUGCACACCAGCUGCAGCCAGUGGUCUAUAGAGUCUAUGAUGGCAGCUCCCAGCUGGUUGAAGCCAUGGCCGGGCCCUUGGAGGAUGAGGGGAAUGAAUCUGACCCCACAGACAGCGGCAGUGACAGCGAGGCUUACGAUGACUCCAGCUCAUCUUACUCUUCACUCGGAGACCUCGUGAGUGAGAUGAUCCAAGGCGACAUUCAGGGAGACACGCCAAGUUUGGACCCGCCUACCCAUGCGGCUCUGGGAGAUGCGAGCGAAGUUGAGUUUCAAGACUUCAACGACCUCAGGGAAGGUCAAAAUUCUGAGGGUCCGUCGAGUAGUGACGGGCCCACCGAACAGUCUGAUGGACAACCUCUCCGCUCGAGCUCCAGCACGACUGCCAGCUCAAGUCCGAGCACGAUCAUCCAGGGAGUCAACCAUGAACAGGGUGAUGCACCUGAGAUUGAAGCAUCAGCAAGUGCUGCUUUACAGAAUCCUGUCCCCGGUCUGGGCAGCCAGCCGUUCCUUCGACCUGCUCCCGAAGCCGGUCUGGUGGAUUCAGUCAACAAAAAGCAAGAGUAUGACAACCCGUACUUUGAGCCUCAGUAUGGCUUCCCCUCAGAGGAUGACCCUGAUGCAGAGGAGCAAGUGGAAUCAUACACCCCUCGAUUCAACCAGAACCUCAAUGGCAACAAGGCGCCACGUCCUUUACGUCCCAGUAGCUUGAGGCUCCCGGGAGAGUCUGACGGCGAGGGAGACUCCCGGAACAGCUCGCCAAACUCCACCAUUUCCAACAGCAGCAAUGACGGAUUCGGAGGACUCAUGUCCUUUGCCAGUAAUCUGUACAAGAAUCACGGCACCAGUUUCAGUUUGUCCAAUCUCGCCCUUCCCAACAAGGCAGCGAGGGAGAAAGCAACGCCGUUCCCCAGCCUGAAAGAAUAUUUCAGUUUUGAUAUUGAGGAGGAAAUGGAGCAAGCAGUAUUUGGCCUAAAUUCUCUAAUGGAGAUAAUUACAGAGGCCGGCCCGGGGAGCGGAGAAGGCACUCGUGCACCUCGAGCACUCGUAGAUCAGAAGUCGUCGGUGAUCAAACACAGUCCAACAGUGAAGAGAGAGUCUCCCUCUCCUCAGGGCCGCGUCAACAACACCAGUGAGAACCAGCAGUUCUUGAAGGAGGUGGUGCAGAGCGUGCUGGACGGCCAGGGCGUCGGCUGGCUCAACAUGAAGAAAGUGCGCCGCCUGUUGGAGAACGAGCAGCUGCGCGUGUUCGUGCUGAGCAAACUGAACCGAGCCGUCCAGUCGGAGGAGGACGCCCGGCAGGAGAUCAUACGAGACGUGGAGGUGAGCAGAAAGGUGUACAAAGGCAUGCUGGACAUCUUGAAGUGCACGGUUUCCAGCCUGGAGCACUCGUACACCAACGCCGGCCUCGGAGGCAUGGCCAGCGUCUUCAGCUUGCUGGAGAUCGCACGCACACACUAUCAAACCAAAGACCCAGAAAAGCGCAAGCGAAGCCCCACAGACAGUGCUGGCAGCCCGGGGAGUAAAGAGAGUCCUUCUGGUCGUUUGGAGACCGCCCGGCCUCAGGGGCUUCUGAAUAUUCCCCACCUGCAGCUGCCACAUCACACAACGGGCAAAGGAGCCCGCCAUUAUGAUACCCGGAGUCUGAACGAGGAGAACUUUAUUGCCUCGAUUGAAUUGUGGAGCAAGCACCAGGAUAAGCAAAAAGCUUUGGAAAAACCACAGAGGUCUGAAGGAGCCAAGCAGCAGCGCCCCCAGGUGGCCGACGCAGAGGAGAAGAAGUCACAGAUCAGUGCCGACAGCGGCCUCAGUGUCACGUCUGGAUCUCAGAAGAGCGACAGCGAGUCGGUAACGAGUUCAGAGCCGCCGAUCCUGACGAGGAGCACCAGCCAGGACUCGGAGGCCAGCACAGUGAUCAGCAACAGCUCUGGAGAGACUCUGGGAGCCGACAGCGAUCUGAGCAGCACGGCGGGCGACGGCCUGGGCGGGAGAACCGCUCCUCAUUUGACUCAGUCCAGAGGGACUCUGUCUGACAGCGAGAUCGAAACCAACCCGGCCACCAGCUCAGUGUUUGGGAAGACGCACACUCUGAAGCCAGGCGUUAAAGAUCACGUUCCCGCCAUGGCGAAGGGCCCGCCUGCUCAGCCCAUGGAGGACAUCAGCAUGAGGAUCUAUCUCUGCGAAGGCCUGCUGGGCCGCGAUAAGAGCUCCGUUUGGGAUCAACUAGAGGAUGCUGCCAUGGAAACCUUUUCUCUAAGUAAGGAGCGCUCCACGCUGUGGGACCAGGUCCAGUUCUGGGAAGACGCCUUCCUGGACGCCGUGAUGCUGGAGCGGGAGGGCAUGGGCAUGGACCAGGGGCCUCAGGAGAUGAUCGAAAGAUACUUGUCACUUGGCGAUCACGACCGCAAGCGUCUGGAGGACGACGAAGACCGACUGCUGGCCACCCUGCUGCACAACAUGAUAGCAUACAUGCUAAUGAUGAAAGUGAACAAAAAUGACAUCAGGAAGAAAGUGAGGCGCCUGAUGGGAAAGUCCCACAUCGGCCUCACGUACAGCCAAGAGAUCAAUGAGAUUCUGGACAAACUGGCUCACAUGAGCGGCCGGGAGCUGUCCAUCCGGCCCAGCGGUAGCCGACACAUCAAGAAGCAAACGUUUGUAGUUCACGCUGGGACCGACACCACGGGAGACAUCUUCUUCAUGGAGGUUUGCGACGACUGCAUCGUCCUGCGCAGCAACAUCGGUACGGUGUACGAGCGCUGGUGGUACGAGAAGCUCAUCAACAUGACUUACUGCCCCAAGACCAAGGUGCUGUGUCUGUGGAGACGCAACGGCCAGGAGACGCAGCUCAACAAGUUCUACACCAAGAAGUGUCGGGAACUCUACUACUGUGUCAAGGACAGCAUGGAACGAGCUGCAGCCCGACAGCAGAGCAUUAAACCAGGUCCGGAGCUGGGCGGGGAGUUCCCGGUCCAGGACAUGAAGACGGGCGAGGGCGGACUGCUGCAGGUCACCCUGGAGGGGAUCAACCUGAAGUUCAUGCACAGCCAGGAGCGGAAGGUUUUCAUAGAGCUGAGUCACAUUAAAAAGUGCAAUACAGUGAAGGGAGUCUUUGUCCUGGAGGAAUUUGUUCCUGAAACUAAAGAAGUGGUGAUCCACAAGUACAAGACCCCCAUGGCACAUCAGAUCUGUUACUCGGUCCUCUGCCUUUUCUCGUACGUGGCUGCAGUGAAGGGGAAGGAGGCGGAAGGAAAACCCAAGAUCCUGUCGCCGAGACCCCUCCCCAGCUAGUCCCCCCCCCCCCCCCCCCCCCCCCCCCCCGUCUCGUCCCUCUCCCCCUUCAGUGUGCCUCUCCUCUUGAAAUGGCAUCAAACCACAGACUCGACAAUCCCAAACUUUACUCUAAGCACACGCCCCCCUCCCCGCUGUCUCUCCCCUCCUGUAUAUAUGAGCCUGAGCCCCGCCCCUUAGAUCCAGUGGUGUACACGUGUGGUCUGUGAUGUCGUGUAAAUACACCCCCCACCCCCCCUCUGAACUAGCUCAAUGUUUGCCUGCUCCUCUGCCCCCCUCCCCCUCUGGCCCCCCAGUGGGAAGUCUUGGAUUGUUCGGCCCCCGAGGCGCAGCGUGCAUGCGGGUCCCGUGCACAGCCUUCCUCCACAUUGUAGCUACAAGCCCCGCCCCCCCAGUCAGUGUGAGUUAUCCUGUGAUAUGUGGUUAUUGUAAAAGUCCGUCCAAGUUUAAGCUGGGGAAAACACCCAGAGCCCCCACCCUUUGCCCCCCCCCCCCCCCCCCACCGCUGAGAAACGCUGCUGUACACUGCAAACAGAGCAACGCAUGCAAACGCUUCGUAAACGGUGUUCCAGCCCCCCCCCCCCCCUUACUUCCUCCAUGAGUGUUCUCCGAUGUGUCCCCCCUUCCCCCACCCGUCCCCGUCCCCCCCAGGCUGAAUUACUGUUCUAGUUCUGCUGUUCUGUGGUCUGCUGUUACCAGUUGCAUGUUAUUAUGACAACCACAAAUAAAUAUUAUAUAUAUUUCUAUAUAUAGUAUUUAUUUAAUAUAUACAUAUAUUGACUGUACAUUUUUCUGGUGAAAGAAGAAAAAAAAAAAAGAAGAAACUGUCGAUUUGCUAGAUGUGCAAUACGUGAGGAGUAGUUUCAUUUCCAGUCGCCUCCGGUUUUCGCACUUCCACACGCCGAGGAACGCUCGCAGCUUUUUUUAUAUAUGAGUCAAGUUUAAGUGAAGCCAUGUGAUGAACGUCUUCACGCCGCCGCGGGUCAGUCACAUGACCGGAGGCGAGGCCACGCCCCCAAGUAUGCUAACGAUGUUUCAAAGGACGGCUGUCUGAAGAUGAAACUCAGACCGUUGGCUGGAGUUUAGUUGUUAAAACAGGGUUUAUGUCUUCAAUCAAAACACUUGUUGGCUCCAAAAAUAUAGAGAUCAAAAUGUGGAAUUAUAGUUGUGACAAUAUUCAGUAUUUUUAAAUAGUUGUAGAUUAAAUUAUGUAACUUUCACUGAAGUGUCAACGAGAUGAAAUAAAUAAAAAAUGAUGAGAAAUACAGUAGUGAUGUGUGUGUCAAAGGUCAGGUUAUUAAGCUUAAAGAUUUUCAUACAAUUUCCAUGAAUGUUAUGAUUUGAUAAAAAAAAAAAAUCAAUGAAAUGUUAAAAUUUACUUUGCUGAAACAGAAUAAUUAGUUUGAACUGAAAGAAAACAAACUUUUUUUUCCCUUAAUUUUUUGAGUUGCUGUUCCGAAUUUGUCCACCAGGAAGGCAGCUCAGAAACACACUUUCAGGAAGUUAAAUUCCAGAAUUUGACCCAAAAAAAAGCAAUAAAUUGAUUGAAGUGACGAUUGUUGGCUCAGAAAUGGAAAGAAGACUUUGCGUUGCGUUGAAGAGCCGUGAAUCCGUAACUCCUCCCGUCAUGUGACCGACCCGUGAGGCGGGCGGCGGCCUUCAGGCUUCAUGUUCCCGCUUUGUGCCCCUACAGCAAGAAUCCGGUCCCACGGCCGGGCCCGCUCACUUUCGCCGUGUGUGUGUGUGUGUGUGUGUGUGUAUGUGCACGCAUGCGUGCGUGCCUGUCUGUGUGUGUGGUGAAACAGUUUCUCCAGAUCAGCAAUAUAUGGGUACAGUUCUAUCACUGGAAGAUGUUUUAUUUUUAGUAGUCUGAACUGUGUAGGGAGGGAA